GAAACGGUUCGGAAGCAGUCGGACGUUGAGGAUUAACUUGAAGCGGAAUUUUAUUUUUGCACCUCAAAAUCAAGCCAAAUCAGCAAACUCACCGUUACUGACACUUUUUUUUUCAAAGGAACGGAUGGAGAGUUUAUAACCAUUUCUCUGAGCAUUUCAUCGGAACCCUGAGAGGUUUUAAUCAUCGCAUUUUCUGAGGAGGUAAUCAGUGAUUAGCUUUAGCACGCUGGCGCGAGCGCGGACUGAGAUGAGCGUCGCGUGCCUCGGAUGUUCCCGCAUCGGAGAUUGCUGAAGUGGAAGGCCUCAAAUGGGAAAAACAAGCAUCGGGAAGGAAUAUCAAGUAUAAUUUUGUAGAUGUAGCUCACGUUUUAAAGAAGGAUUGCUUGGACUUCACAGCCACAUCUUCAGCAUUUUUAGCUGGAUUUUAACCUUUCCCAUCUGAAGACGGCCAUGGAAUCGACGGUCGAUGACGAUGCGAUGGAAGCGUGAAUGAGGUUUGGCGUGGCAAUAGCUGAACGAUGCCCAAGGGUGGGGGUGCUAAAACCCCCCAGCUGGAGGACUUCCCACUCAACACCGACAUGGUGGAAAAGCAGGGUGGGAAGAAGGAUAAAGACAAAGGCUCGUCAAACAAGACCCCUAAACUGGACCGCAGCGAUGGUGUGAAGGAGAUGAAAGAGAAAGCUCCUAAGAGGAAGCUGCCCUUCACCGUCGGAGCCAAUGGAGAUCAGAAAGACUCUGACUCUGAAAAGCAAGGUCCAGAGCGGAAGCGCAUUAAAAAGGAGCCCACUAACACCAGGAAGUCGGGCCUGGCGUUCGGGAUGGGCAUGCCGGGGAUCCGGGCCGGGUACCCCCUGUCCGAGCGGCAGCAGGUGGCUCUCCUCAUGCAGAUGACGGCCGAGGAGUCCGUCAACAGUCCAGACACAACACCAAAGCAUCAGUCACAGUCAAGUCUGGGUCAGAAGGGAACACCAAACUCGGCCUCAAAAACCAAAGACAAAGUUAACAAGCGAAACGAGAGGGGUGAGACGCGGUUGCACCGGGCAGCCAUACGUGGGGAGGCUCGCCGUGUCAAGGAGCUCAUCAACGAGGGGGCCGACGUGAAUGUAAAAGACUUUGCAGGCUGGACCGCACUGCAUGAGGCGUGUAAUCGAGGGUAUUAUGAUGUGGCCAAGCAGCUGCUGGCAGCCGGGGCCGAGGUUAACACCAAGGGCCUGGAUGACGACACGCCCCUACAUGAUGCAUCCAACAAUGGCCAUCUUAAAGUUGUGAAGCUGCUGUUACGGUAUGGAGGGGAUCCUUGUCAAAGCAACAGAAGAGGAGAGACUCCAUUAAAAGUGGCAAAUUCGCAAACAAUGCUUAACCUGUUGCUGGGAAAAGGCACUUACACCUCCAGUGAGGAGAGUUCCUCAGAUUCUUCUGAAGAGGAAGAUGCCCCAUCAUUUGCCCCAUCCAGCUCUGUUGAUGGCAAUAAUACAGACUCAGAGUUUGAGAAGGGCUUAAAAUUAAAAGGGAAGGGCAUGGACCCACCCAAAUCUAUCUCUACUCCGGUCAAGGAUGAAUACGAGUUUGACGAGGAUGACGAGGAGGAGCGUGUCCCACCUGUGGACGACAAGCAUCUGCUCAAGAAAGAGUUUCGCAAGGAUCCCGUCAUCAUCAAGGCAAACAACUUUAUCUCCAUACCCAAGAUGGAGGUCAAAACCUAUUCCAAAAGCAACACGCUAACACCAAAGAAGGCUGUGCGCAGGAUCCUGUCGGACAGCAACAGCUCGGAUGAAGACGACAGUACGUUGUGUUUUACACCCACGACCACACCAAGGCAACCUGCACCUCAGACCAACGCGAAAAGCCGGGAAUCCACGUCGCUGAGCUCCAAGCAGCAAAAAGAGAAAAGUAAAGUCAAGAAGAAGAGGAAGAAGGAGACAAAAAAUAAUGUUAGCAAGGAGGUGCGCUUUGAUAAAGUGAACGACAAGUUCUGCACCUCAGACUCGGAGAUUGGGGACUUGGAGAGCGAGGACGACAAAGGAUCCAUGCAGAGUGCAAAUUGUGUAAAGGACUCUUCUACGUUGAGCCUUAAAGAUCCUUCUGUCUUUAGCUCUCUGUCAGUUUCUUCUUCAUCCUCAUCGCAUGGGAGUCUGAGCUCACAGAAACACACACAGUCUCUGGCAGAGCAGCACCCAAAGCAGUGGAGGACGGACGGCUGGAAGACCGUGUCCUCUCCGGCGUGGUCGGAUGUCAGCUCCCUCUCGGACUCGGUCAGAACGAGGCUCUCCAGCGAAUCGGACUACUUGUCUGCCGACUCCAGCGUUGAGUCUGUGAAACAGGUGAAGAAGAAAGUGCAAGAUAACAGAAAGAAAAACAACACGCAUGCCAGUGCGGUGGACAAAAAGAACUCUGAGUUUUACAAGAACUCGAACACGGAUGGAGCCAUUUCUAAAACAGACAAAGAUGGAAAGGUGUUGAAGAAACACAAAGUGAAACACAAACACAAAAGUAAGGAAAAGGAUAAGGCUCCGAGUGUGGUGUUGAGUCAAGACAUGAAUGAGAAGUUUGUCAAGAGCUUUUCUUUUGACUUUGAUGAUACACGGCAGAAAUCGCUAAUUGUCGACACGAUGUCGCCUUCUGAAAAUAGGGUCAAGCUUUCAAAACAUGAGAAAGAUCAUUUUAAGAAGGAAGACCGAUUGUCUAAAGGUAAAUCCGAAGACAAGGACUGGCCGGGUAAAGAAACUCAAAGGGUGGUCAAAGAAGAGAGGUCCAAGAAGACAAAGGAGUCAAACAAGGAAAAGGUGAGCAAAGAGGACAAACCUUUGAAGCCUGAGAAAGAGAGACUUACAAAAGACAAGGCAAAGGAGGAGAAGCAGAAAGCCCAUAAAGAUGAUAAAAAGAAAAAGUCUAAGGACAAAUCUCUUAAAGUCGACAAAAAGAACGAACAAAAAGAGGAAAAACAUUUUAAAUCUGAAAAAAGUGUAAAAGAAGAGAAGGAAAAGUCUAAGAGGGAUAAAAAUAUCAAGGAGGAACCUGAUUAUGAAGACUAUGACUUAAAAAAUCACUUGCUAGAGGAAACAUCGGAUGAUCCCCAUGAUCGGUGGCAGUCGGACAUGUCUUCUGAUAGUUCGCUUUAUGGGGAUGAUAGCUGGGAUGCCCCUGUGAAAGAAUACAAAUCAAAUAACGCGGUCAAGUUGAUCGUAGAAACAGUGAAGGAGGAAAACAGGGACCGGAGAAAGGAAAAUAAAGUCAAAGAUAAAAAGCCAGAUCAUGGGGAUAAGCGUCCUGAAAAGGAAACUGCGUCUAAGAAGAAAGACAAGGAGUCCUCUGAGAAGAAUAGUGAAAAGAAAAAGGACUGGACAGACAAACAAAAGUUCAAUUCGGGUCAGUCAUUGGAAAAGGAGAAGAAGCGAAAAGAAUCGGCUGAGGGCGUCAAAGAGAAGAAGGAGAAGGACUACGUGGAGGGCAGCAGAGACCGAAAAGAUUCCUAUGAGUUUACCAAGGAAAGGAAAGACUCCAAGACCAAACAAGAAUCUCUGAGAGAUGACUAUGGGAGUGAGGCCUUCUUUAAAGACAAACCAGAGAAUGAAACCACUUGUAAGUCUGACCCAAGAGAGAGGAACCACUCUGGGAAGAAAAUUGAUGGUGUGGAAAAGAAAGAGAAGUCCAAAGGAGAAAAACACAAGGACAAGCCUAAGGACAGAAACUUGGACCUGGAAAAGGAGAAACCUGAGAAGAGCUCAAUUGACAGAUCAAUGAAAGAGAAAGAUCUAGAACGGGCCUCCAAAGACAAGCGGGAUGGGGCUAAAGAAAAGCAUAAAGAUUCUCAUGUCAAGGACAAAGAAAGGAAGAUGUCAUCUGAGCAGAUUAAAGAUAAGAAAGAAAAGACAUCCCAGGACAAACAUGCUGACAGAGAAAAAGACUUCCUAGAGUUCAAGAAAGAGGAGAGAAAACCUGAAAAGCCGAGAGAGAAGACGUGGUACACGAUCGCAGAUAUCUUUACGGAUGAGAGUGAAGAUGAUGACGACAACUACAAUGGGGGUGUUGCGAAAUUAAGCGACUCUCUCGGACUAUCGGAUUCUCACAGGAAAGAUUCCACACCAGACAUUGACGAAAUGGAUAAUUUCCAAACAGAUAAACAUCUGAAGAAGACACAUUCCACAGAAAAACAAAAGGAACAUAAAGAUAAGAAAAAGGAGAAGGCAUCAUUCGAUGCUGGAAAAGAGAGAAAAGCCUCCAUGGAUAAACACAAAGAUAAAAAGGACAAAGAUUCAAUUGAGACAAAACACAAGGAGCGCAAGGACCGAGCAUCUGUGGAUUCAAAUCAAGACAAGAAAAGCAAGCAGAAACUUGUUGACAAGAAAGAUGCCAGUGAGGAAAAGGGCAAAAACAAAUACAAAGACAAGGUAGAGCACUUAAAGGAAAGAAAACUCUCAAAGGGCGGUGGUGAGAAUGAGAAAUCGUUGUUGGAGAAACUUGAGGAAGAGGCCAUGAAUGAUUACAAAGAUGAUUCCAAUGAUAGAAAUAGUGAAAUUUCAUCAGACAGUUUCACAGACAGAGGUCAUGAACCCGUUCUGAGCAGCUUCUAUGAUUCCUCCAACAUCAGUAUACCCGACAUCUCCGAGGAGAGAAGAGAGUCUCUAUCCAUCUCUAAUCCGCAGGAUAAGUUCAGAGAGAAAGAGAGGCAUAGACAUUCCUCAUCCUCAUCAUCCAAAAAGAGUCACGACAAAGAAAAGGAGAAAGUCAAGAAAGAAAAGGGGGAUAAAAAAGACAAGUCAGAGGAGAUCAGAGAAUCAUAUGGCCGCAGAGAGAGCUUGCCCUUUGACAAAGAGCCCAUGCCUUUGGAGGCUGACCCUUACACUUUUCCAUAUGGCUCCAAGGUCGAUGGCGAGGAUGACUUGGAAAAGACUCUGGAGUUCGAGAAGGAGAUGUCCAAAAAAGACAAGACAAAUAGUGUCAUUAACAGCGAGAAAGUAAAAGACAAAAAGAAGAAAGAGAAGCACAAGGAAAAAGUGAAAGAGGAAAAGCAUAAAUACUCGGAUGGAUUUGGCUCCUUCAGACACUCAAAAGAAGAACAAAAGUCCGGAAUGAAGGAAAACGCUCAAGUCACGAGUAUUAAAGAGAAAUCUAAAGAAGACGCUUCUAAAUUUGAUGGGAAGAAUAAGGAGAGAAAUAAAGAUAUCAUGGACAAAGAUCUCAAAGCCAAGGUCAAAGAUGAGAAUGACAAAUUCAGCCAGUCAAAAGAGACGACUCGAAAGGACAAUCGCCCUCGGGAAAAACUUUUGGUCGAUGGUGAUCUCAGACUAACAAGUUUUGGCAAAAUGCUUAGUCUAAAAGAUCAAGAGAUUGAAGAGCGCCACAAGAAACACAAAGAAAGAAUGAAACAGAUGGAAAAACUGAGGCAUCGGUCAGGUGACCCAAAGCUUAAAGAUAAAUCUAAAUCGAAUGAAGAACUUAAGAAGAACCGCAGUGAACUUUCCAAAAAAUCAGUGGAGAGUGCUUUGAAAGAAAAAAAGUUCAAAGACACUGGCCUUCCAACCCAAAUGAUGUCCCCCGAUAGAAAGCCGAUAUCUAUUGACAGUCAGAACUCAAAAGACUGGCUGGCUGGCCAUCAAAUAAAGGAAAAUCUUCCUGCAUCCCCUAGACCUGACCAGAACAGACCAACGGGUGUCCCCACCCCGACAUCUGUGAUCUCAUGUCCAAGCUAUGAGGAAGUCAUGCAAACUCCUCGCACUCCCUCCUGCAGUGCAGAGGACUAUCCUGACAUCAUAUUUGAUGGUCUUGACUGUCAGAACUCCUCGGCCACCACUAUGUCCAUGAACGCCUGCUCCCCUUCCUUCUUCGACAGAUAUUCCAACUCAUCGAAUAACUUCCAGGAGGGAACAUGCAUAACACCAGCAAAGAACUUGCAAUUACCCCUCGUGAGUCGUUCCGUCACCCCUGAUGUCAGAAGACCACUUGAGAACGAGUUCAAAGUAGAGGCAGAAAAGUUUUUGCGACAGCAACAUAUACCGGAAGGCACAGCAUUCGAGUCUUCGGCCUCGCAUAUUACCGAGGACAAGAUAGCAGCUGACAGACUUAAUUGCCUUUCCCCAACAUACUUUUCACCCCCUAUUGAGAUGAUGUCUCCCAGGCCUGACCUAUCACAACAUGACAGAGUUCCCGAUGAAGCGCCUUCUGUAAAUUCCCUCAACGAUGGCAUUGAACACUCGGGGAGUGUUUAUAACAGCUAUCUCAUGAAGCCCUCAACUCCAGUCCAUAGACCUGAACCCCAGGAGCCUUGUUUGGAUAUAGCGGCUCCCCCAACUCCAGCUCCUGCUGCCCUUCCUCCCAUGGACAUUGAUGAUCUCUCAGAGCCACAGCAAAGUGGACCGGUUCUAAUGCCAGCUCACCCUGUCAGUGUGAGUGACUACUUGCCUCCUGUUGUUGAAGAGCAAGAAGAAGAGGAAGAUGAGGAGGAUGACGAAGAUGAUGAUUUUGUUGAGGAUGGCACAGAAGCUCACCACGCUGAAGACGAGUCCAGGACCGAUCCCACGUACUCACUCGGGAUUGAGGAAUCUGACAAAAAGGCGUGGCUUGAAUGUCCAGAUAGAAGAGAUCCUGACGAAAUUCCCAUAACACCAACCCAUCCACAAGACAACUACAUGGAAAACUCGUGUGAUCAGUCCUUAGCCUGGAAUUCAGAAGUGCUCAUGAAAUCACCCAAUGAGAGUUACAGAGAGGUCGAGGCUGCCGUGUCAAAGAUAAGCAGUCCAUAUUCACACUCCGAUUGUGAUUUGCAGCAUAUCCCAAGUGUUAUGCCCGUGACGCCACCUCACUCUACUUAUUCCAGAGUAUACUGUCCAUCACAGAUAUCUGACUCUCAUUACGAGGUCCACAAAGACACAGUGGAAGACAUCACAUCUCCGGAAAGACCUGAAACGGAGGCACUGGAGUCAGAAUCACCUCGACUAGAAGCUUUCUUCACCGAUUGCAAACCAGAUCCUGAAGAAGUGCAGAUGGGCCUAGAGCCCCCAUGUAUGAUGAAAGACGAUAUACAAGAGUCUCCCACCUAUGUUGCAGAGAACUGCAUCUCUGUAGCCCCACCAGUCAACCAAGAACCUGUUGUUUCAUGGGUAGAUCCAUUCCCUAGUGCAGCUGAUGAAAUGGACGACAUGGGACCUUUCUCUAUACCAGAGCUUCCUUUCCAGGAGAAGGAGAUGCCAGAGCCUGAUAUAACAACCCCAGAGAUUGCGGAGAGUAAGCUCCCACCUCCUCAGACAAGACCUCCCGUUAUUGAGACAAACGAAGAUCUUGAAAUUAUGGAUGUUGACUUGACAAGUUUGUCCAAAGCAUCUUGUUCUCCUGCAAUCGUGCCUCCUACAGAAUCUGGUCAGGAAUUGGUUCCUCCAAUAAGUGAGGAUGGAUAUAGACCGCAGUGUGAGUUGGAGCCUGAGCCUCAGAACAUCCCAGAGGUUCCUCCCAUGAAAGAAACAAUCCCAGAGGAGAGGGAAGCUUUUGAAGAACGGAAUGAAAAUGUCAAUUUGUUUUCUACUGAGAGUGAAAAGGACAAUGAAUACAGGCAAAAAGAAACAAUCCCGGAUACAAUGAUGCCGUCUGUUAUGGUACAAUACUUGGAGCUACCAGCCACCACAAAAUCACAUAUAUUAGGACAAAAUCCUGUGGUAGUUCUGGGUCCCUCGUGUAGCCCUCAUCCUGUUCAGGUUCAAUCUGUCUCAAUGCCUAGUAGCACACCAGUAUCAGAGGCCCUUGAGACAACCGCCAAGUUGUCCGUGACCAUACCAGUGUCCGAGGCGCCCAAGAAAAUUGAGGAAAUACCUCAGAGGAUGACCCGGAAAAAGGCUCAGAUGCUGGCCAAUCAGAACAAGCAGAGCUCUUCGGGAUCCUCCUUACCAAUCACAACAAGUGUGACCACUUCUUGUGUCACAGUAGAAAAGGAGAAAGAGCUCAUCACCUCAACCACAGCUCAGACAUCCACUCCUGUACCUGCACUAAUCACCAAAUCAAAAGGCAGACCUGUCGAGGACGACGACAACCAGUCCCAACAUCCACGCAAGAGAAAGUUUCCCAAAUCUGGCCAGCAACAGGUGCAGGUUCAGCUUGUGAACACCGCAAUGAAGCAGACUCGGGAGAUGAUCCAACAGACUCUGGCAGUCAUCGUGAAUGCCAUCAAGUUGGACGAGAUAGAGCCAUACCACAGUGACCGUUCCAACCCCUAUUUUGACUACCUUCAGAUCCGCAAGAAAAUUGAGGAAAAGAGGAAGAUUUUGUGUUACAUAACACCUCAAGCUCCCCAGUGUUACGCAGAGUAUGUGACGUACACAGGCUCUUAUCUACUUGAUGGCAAGCCUCUGAGCAAGCUUCAUAUUCCUGUGAUUGCUCCACCUCCAUCUUUGUCGGAGCCCCUGAAGGAGUUAUUCAGACAGCAAGAGGCCGUUCGAGGAAAACUAAGACUUCAGCACAGCAUCGAGAGGGAGAAGCUCAUUGUAUCGUGUGAGCAGGAGGUGCUGCGUGUUCAUUGCAGAGCAGCGAGAACAAUCGCAAAUCAGGCCGUUCCUUUCAGUGCUUGCACAAUGCUGCUGGAUUCAGAAGUCUACAACAUGCCAUCAGAAAGCCAGGGGGACGAAAACAAGUCUGUGAGAGAUCGCUUCAAUGCUCGGCAGUUUAUCUCCUGGAUUCAAGAUGUGGAUGAUAAGUACGACCGCAUGAAGACGUGUUUGCUAAUGCGUCAGCAACACGAGGCGGCGGCUCUGAACGCGGUGCAGAGGAUGGAGUGGCAGCUGAAGGUGCAGGAGCUGGACCCGGCGGGACACAAGUCUCUGUGUGUGAACGAGGUGCCCACCUUCUACGUGCCCAUGGUCGACGUCAACGACGACUUCGUACUGCUGCCCGCGUGACAACGACACACACUCAGACUCUGAGAGUUCGGUCUAACGUUAACCAUCUAUCAAAGAGACAUCAAACUAAAGUUCGGUAAGGGCUAGCCGGUUUGAGGAGAUUUCUUUGAGGAAGAGAGAAAUAUAUAUAUUAUAUAGAGAAACCAAGGUAAAACUCAUCGUUUUUCCCCGCCCGAGGAGGAACCGUUCGUCUUUUUUAAACAGGGAGAGGAAAAACACACAACUUGCACUUUUGUCCUCAAGUUUUUUAUGCUUUUGUUUGGGAUUUGACGAAGCUAAACUGCUUUGGGUGAACAUAAGGGGCAGUGUUUUUGUAUCUGUCCCAGCCCACGUUGAGUUACGACAAACAAAACGAGCUUGAGACGGGUUCGUCCACUGUUGUGCUCCGGGACGAAAGACACAAACGUGCGCGACGGGAGUCUAUAAUGCUAAAGUGGUGGAAAGAACGACUUUCCUGCGUUUCAGGCCGUAUUCAGGACAGCUCGGCGAGGAGGAACGAUUGAACGCGUGGGCUGACGGUCCCGGAGACACGCCUGCUUUCACAACGAGUGCAUAAGGAAACAAGACCGUCACAAAUCACGAGAGACGAGGACUUACAAGGUUUUUUUUUUUGUUUUGGUUUGUCUUUCUUUUACUCGGGCAUUUCAUUGUUCCCUUUCUGAGGAAGUGACUUGAAAAACACUACAGAGCCAACAUUAGUUUAAUGGGAAAAAAAAUGAAAAUUGCAAAAAAAACAAAAACAAACAAAAAAAAAAAGGUAUUCCGUAAAUGAUGUACAGUUUUUUAUAAUCAUUAACCAAUGUAUUCUCGCUGCCUUCUAGAUAAUUUAUUUUGCCACACAUUACUGCACAGUUGUAAAUAACUUAUGUACUGUAACAUCACUCAGUUAAAGUGUAAAACAAAAAAUAAAUGAAUUAAAGUAA